AUGGCAGAGGCAGGACCCGCCGGGCACUCAGGACCGCGCCCUGUCACCUGGAGCAGCAGCAACAGCAGCAGAGGGGCCGGGCCUGGAGCAAGUAAGGAGCUCACACAGGCUCUAGGGAUCCGGACAGAGACAUUGAUAGCUGUGCACUUUGACAAGCCGGGAGGACCAGAAAAUCUUUACUUGAAGGAAGUGGCCAAGCCCAGCCCAGGCGAGGGUGAAGUCCUCCUGAAGGUGGCAGCCAGCGCCCUGAACAGGGCGGACUUACUCCAGAGACAAGGCCAGCAUGCCCCACCUCCAGGAGCCAGCAACAUUUUGGGACUUGAGGCAUCUGGACACGUGGCAGAGCUCAGAGCUGGCUGCCAGGGACCCUGGAGGGUUGGGGACCCAGCCAUGGCUCUGCUGUCUGGCGGGGGCCAGGCUCAGUAUGUCACUGUCCCUGCAGAGCUCCUCAUGCCCGUCCCAGCAGGACUGACCAUGUGUCAGGCUGCAGCCAUCCCAGAGGCCUGGCUCACUGCCUUCCAGCUAUUACGUCUCGUGGGAAAUGUUCGGGCUGGAGACUCUGUGCUAAUCCAUGCAGGAGCAAGCGGUGUGGGCACAGCUGCCAUCCAACUUGCCCGGAUGGCUGGGGCUACUCCUUUGGUCACAGCUGGUUCCCAGGAGAAACUUCAAAAAGCAGAAAAGCUCAGAGCAGCUGCUGGAUUCAAUUACAAAGAAGAGGAUUUUUCUGAAGCAACACUGAAAUUCACUAAAGGUGCUGGAGUCAACCUCAUUCUAGACUGCAUAGGCGGCUCCUACUGGGAGAAAAAUGUCAACUGCCUGGCUCUUGAUGGUCACUGGGUUCUCUAUGGUCUGCUGGGAGGAGCUGUCAUCAGUGGGCCUCUGUUUUCAAAGCUACUUUUUAAAAGGGGAAGUCUGAUCACCAGUCUUCUAAGAUCUAGGGACAAAAAGUACAAGCAGAUGCUGGUGAAGGCUUUCACAGAGCAAAUUCUGCCCCACUUCUCCACGGAAGGCCCUCAACGUUUACUGCCGGUUCUGGACAGAGUCUACCCCGUGGCUGAAAUUCAAGAAGCCCAUGAGUACAUGGAGACUAACAAGAACGUGGGCAAAAUCGUCCUGGAGCUGCUCCAGUGA